AUGUCUGGCGUCGAAGCUACCGAACCCAAGGUCGAGGAGACCAAGCCUGCCGAGGAGACUCCCGCAACCACAACGGGCGAGACCGCAACCGCGACCGAAGAGAAGACCGAGGACAGCAAGCCUGUCACUUCGUCUGCAGUGUUUUCCAUGUUUGGCGGUGGCGCCAAGAAGGAGAAGAAGGAAGAAGAGGAGCGUGGCGAUACAUCUGGCAGUGCCAAGGCCCAGCGCGAUGCCGCCAAAGAGAACGACGAAGACGAGGCCCCCGAGUCGGAAGAUGUGCACUUCGAGCCGGUGGUCAAGUUGACAGAGAAGGUGGAGACCAAGACAAAUGAGGAGAGCGAGGAGCAGCUCUUCAAGAUGCGCGCCAAGCUCUUCAAGUUCGUCAAGGACAGCAAUGAGUGGAAGGAGAGGGGCACUGGCGAUGUCAGGCUCUUGAAGCACAAGGAGAACGGCAAGACGAGGCUGGUCAUGCGCCGCGACAAGACUCUCAAGGUCUGCGCCAACCACUAUAUCGUCCCCGAGAUGAAGCUGUCUCCCAACGUCGGCAGUGACAGGUCCUGGGUGUGGAACGCUGCGGCCGACGUCAGUGAGGGCGAGCCAGAAGCCUGCACUCUCGCUAUCCGUUUCGCCAACUCUGAGAAUGCCAACGCAUUCAAGGAUGCCUUCCUGCAGGCUCAAAAGGAGAACGAGGAGAUCUUUAAGAAGGCCGAGGCGGCGACCACGGAGGAGGCUCCCGCUGCUUAG